CUAAAAGCCUUUUGUUGCAAUCUUAGCCAAUGGAGACGGAUUACGACACGGGGCAGCUGAGAUAUAUAAAGAGCCCCCUUUUUGACCGCACUUGCACAUUUUUCAGUGACACUUCUCCAAUAUCCACAACACCUACCGUGGACUAAAUUGUACAGAAAACCAACCACAUGUUCACGAGAGAGAUUACCGAACGCAUCAAACAAAGUGGGACGUACUUUUUUGGAUAAUUGACAUCAAAAACGUGCAAGAACAAGACCAUCGUGCAGGAAUAAAUGCAUGUCACUUGCUUGCUGCCUUUUGUAGGAUAAGGCACACGUCCAAGACAAGGGAUAUUUAACGACCUACGGUGCAUCAAAAGACACACUAACAAAAGGAGAAAAGUUGCACUGGCUCUGCUGCGCGCGUCAACAUGCCGAGGUACAACUUCUUAUUGUGCGUAAUGGUGCUCGUGUCUUUGGGCCAGUCUGGGAGCGACGAGCCCAAUCUGCUGCUGCCUCCAUCCAGUGAAGCACCCACGGACGCCGGCUUGUCUCUGCUGGAUGAGGACGCAGGCGCUCACGAGUGCUCGGCGUGCGUGUGGAGGGAGCAGAGCAAAGUGCUGAGACUGGAGACCAUCAAGUCACAAAUCCUAAGCAAAUUGCGCCUAAAGCAAGCGCCCAACAUCAGCCGCGAAGUGGUCAACCAGCUGCUGCCCAAAGCGCCGCCGCUGCAGCAGCUCCUGGACCAUCACGACUUCCAGGGGGACGCAUCCUCCCAGGACGAGUUCAUGGAGGAAGACGAGUACCAUGCCACCACGGAGUCGGUCAUCACCAUGGCGUCCGAGCCGGAGCCUUUGGUGCAGGUGAAUGGAAAACCAAGCUGCUGCCUGUUCAAGUUCAGCCCCAAACUCAUGUUCACUAAAGUGCUGAAGGCCCAGCUCUGGGUGUACUUGCGGCCGCUGCAGCAGACCUCCACAGUUUACCUCCAGAUCCUACGCCUGAAGCCCAUCACAGACCAGGGCAGUCGCCACAUCCGCAUCCGCUCGCUCAAGAUCGAACUCAACUCACGUGUGGGCCACUGGCAGAGCAUCGACUUCAAGCAUGUGCUGCAGAACUGGUUCAAGCAGCCGCACACCAACUGGGGCAUUGACAUCAACGCCUUCGACGAGAGCGGCAAUGACCUGGCCGUUACCUCGCUGCGACCCGGGGAGGAAGGGCUGCAGCCGUUUCUGGAGGUGAAGGUUUUGGAGACCACCAAACGAUCUCGGAGAAACCUGGGUCUAGACUGUGACGAGCACUCCACAGAGUCACGCUGCUGCCGCUACCCUCUGACGGUGGACUUCGAGGCCUUCGGAUGGGACUGGAUCAUCGCGCCCAAGCGCUACAAAGCUAACUACUGCUCGGGCCAGUGCGAGUACAUGUUCAUGCAGAAGUACCCACACACUCACCUGGUGCAGCACGCCAACCCCCGUGGCUCAGCGGGGCCCUGCUGUACGCCCACCAAGAUGUCCCCCAUUAACAUGCUCUAUUUCAAUGACAAGCAACAGAUCAUUCACGGGAAGAUCCCGGGGAUGGUGGUGGAUCGGUGUGGCUGCUCUUAGGCUCACAGACUCUCAUGUACAGCCACCAUCGCAUCGCCACCAAAACCCUGGCACCACAACUCCAGCACCAGAUCUCACUUUCUGCUUCACAUAAAACAUGUCACUGUUUUCCAUACCUUUCAGUAUUGAUUCAAUAUAUGUAAAAAUCUAAAGGAAAUAUGAAUCACACAGGACUGAUGGGAAAACAGGACAUUGGAAAGAAACAGUGUGGAGCAGGCUCGUCAAACGAUAAAUGGGACUAAACUAUGUUUCUGUGUGUUAGUUUGUGGGUUUUUUUAAAAGAUGUUUUUAAAUGGUAUCUUUGUCAAAUGUCCAUGUUUGUGGAUGGAGAUGACGGGAGACAUAGCAAAGAGCAUUUACAAUAUUUUUAAUGCAGUUCCAAUCUGAGAAUUAAUUUAUUUUUAUGAUGAGCUCAACUACAGCAGCUUAAGAAAUCUUUUCAAAAAGGGGCAUCAUAUACAGUGCGUUAUGUUGAUACUUUAGAAACAGCUGUGAUCUGCUAUUGAGACCUAAAGGAGAUUCAAAACCAAACCUAGAGCCACUAUUAAUGAAUCGCACCCAUGUGUGACAUUCUCCAGCGCCUACAAAAUCCUUUCACACUUACUUUGAUGUCCUUUUAUUUGUGGACUUGUAAACCUCUGUAAAGAAAAGGCAGAGGUUAUGCUACUUAUCCGGCAUCCAUUUCAAAGUCAGCAUUGUGCCAUUCUGACAAUGCACAUAGAGCUAGAGUUUGAGAGUUUAUUGGCUCCAGGGUGUGUGGGAAUCGAAUCCUGUGUCACACUGUAACAAAGGAAAAAGAAUUAACACUAACAUGUUGUUCUUGCUGCUAUAAAGAUGUCUAUAUCUAUAUCAACGUAUAACUGUAAGAAAUGCAGUACUGGACAAAAGUCCAAGACCUUAUUUGGAUAUGCCAACAUGAAAAAGAACACAGUAAUCUAUGAAUACUAUGUUUAUUUGUUUUUAAAUGCAAGAAGGGAAAAAAUCUAAACAUACAAAGACCUAGAUCAUAUCUUACAAUGGUACUGAUUGGUCUAUAGUGUGUAGGCCUUUCUUAAAGUGGUAUAGAUACUGUAGAAGAAAAUUGUAAACUGCAUGUCUGAUGCAUUUCAACUGCCCGGCAAUGUCACCUCAACUGUCCGUGAUCAUAAAAAUAUUGUUAGUGCUUGAAUGGUAGAUUAGUAAAUGUCUGUCUUUGUCUCCUGGAUAUCAAAGCAAAGAUAUCCUUCUGUUGUAAAAACGAAAGCACUAUGCUGUUGGAUCAAGGAAGAGCCUUCUGACAUUAUAUAUAAAUGAUAUAUGUAUAUAUUAAAAAGGGGUACAAAACCUUUUUGGGGCACUACCUUACCAACAAUAAAUUUGCACUAUGGGACGUUUAAGGCGGAGGAGAAAAUGUGUUGUCUGUGUUUGACUAAGCACAAGAGAGCUUGUACAGUUUAGGAUAAGAAACUAGUUUAUGGUGAUAUAUUUGAGCAGUGGUUCUUAAACUCACAUCACAACAAACAUUUUGUUUUUUGGCUUUCCUAGACCCAUAUUUAAUCAAAUGAGAAAAGAGCCAAGGCAAAACCACAAACUAAAUUAAUGAAGUGAUCUAAACAUCACCAAAAUAAUCUAUACCAGGUCCAAAAUCAAGGCUACAAGAAAUAAAACAAACCAAAACAAAAGUCGACCGUGUACAGGACUACACCAGGGCCUUGGGGCCUAAACCAAAACCACAGACCAAACCUGGGCUAAACACAAAACUAAGACAAAGACUGCACACACAAGACAUUGGUCAAAUAUGGAACUGGGCUAAAGCACAACAAAACAAAAUCUAAACACUACAAAAGGAUUUAACAGGACUACAUGACUAAAAGCUGACCUAAUUCCUGUACCACAGUUUGAGAACCACUGCCUGAAAACUUCUUGAUUCCAUCACGCUUUCUGGGCUUUUGUCUGAAGCGGGGGCCUGUCCAUAUACACUGACACUCCAGCAGCAGUGGCCUGAGAGGCUGAAGACAGACGUGUGGAUCAGUGGGAAUGCUUUAAGUAGAAAUGGCCCACCAAUACUAAGUUUAAUGUGUCCCAUGUGAUAGAGAUGCGUCCUGUUGACUUGUGUCGAGUGUCUUGCAUUGACAUGUUUCCAUGUGUGAACGGGAGGUGAGCCGUUAGCCAAAGUAGAGGAGGACAUGUUGUAUGCUGUACCUUUUUUGUGAUUGCAGGAAAAGAAGCUAGAAUAUUUCAAAGGGAGGAAUGCUGGUUGAAAGAAAGCUCAGCUGGUCAUUUGUCUAUUUAUUAUUAUAAAUACAAUGCAUUUCAAAGUCUGUCUACCUCACUUUAGCCUUCUAAAAAACAUUGUUUGUUUUGAACAACGAUCGAACAUCAAACUGGUAGAAGCCCCUUCCAUGAAGACAUAGAAAGCACAGGGUUCCUAUGCUCAGGUUCAGGUCGUUACAGAGUGACUGAUGGUAGCAGCUCUGGGAAUGUGUGUGGCUAUGGAGAUACAGAUUAGCUGUGCUUGCAGUUAUGGCUUCAACUCUGGUUAAAGCUAUUGCGAAGAAAACUUUUUAAUUUUAGUGUUUGUAUACUGGUAUGUAUGAGAGUGUUUUCAUAUAAAUAUAUGAGAGUAAGAGAUCUCUAUGUAAAUACCCAAAUGAUGACAUUUAUGAUGUUUUGGACAGGUUCACCGCUUCUAAUGUUUUCUCACUUCCCCUUUCAUUCCUUCAUUCUUGGUGUAGUAUAAAAAUCACCCAACUUUGUAGUUUGAACUUUCAUAUGAAUAACUGUUCUAUUGUUAUGUUUGCCUUUGUUUUGUUUACUGUCAUUUUCUUUUGUACAAUAAAUCAUUUAUUUAGCUUA